AUGCCAUCAGUGCAGAGCCCGUCAGCUGCUGGUGCUCCGGCCACACCCGUCCUCAGCAAGUCGAACGAACAGCGCGCCGCCGCCGAGCAGGAGAUGAACAAGCUGCUAGAUGAGAAGAGCAAGAGCCACCCCAUCGAGCAGUCCAAGGAGAAGCCCGAAAAGCCGGCUGCCAACCCCCGAAUGUUCAUCCCCGCCAUGCCGAACGAGGGCGAUCCGACGAGGACGCAGACCGAGGACGAGGGAACGAAGGCC